AUGCGCGUAGCCGUGGCUGCCCUGUCCCUGGCCUGGGCACUGGCCCUGGGGCUCGCCCACUCCCUCCCUGGCAAACCGGGGGAGGCUGGACCACGGUUCCACUAUGGGGCUGAGACCCAGCUCAACGACACAGAGGCGGCAAGCCGGUGUGCGGACGAGGGGGGCUUUGAUGCCAUCACACUGGACGAGCACGGUGUGAUGCUCUUCUUCAGAGGUGUCCACGUCUGGAAGGGCUUCCACGGCCCAGCCCAGCUCAUCAACGCCACCUGGCCGGAGAUCCAGGGCCCCGUGGACGCUGCGCUGCGCAUCCACCACAAGGCGUCCCCUGGGGUGCACGACAGCGUCUACCUCUUCCAGGGCGAGCGGGUCUGGGCGUAUGCGGGGGGCCGGCUGCGGCCCGGCUACCCCCGGCUCAUCGGGGAGGAGUUCAAGGGGGUGCCUGGGGACCUGGACAGCGCCGUGGAGUGUCACCCCGAGGACUGCACGGCCGAGAGCCUCCUCUUCUUCAAGGGGCGGGACGUGUUCGCCUACGACCUGGGCCUGGGAGUGCUGAAGCGCCGGUCGUGGCCCGGGGUCACCAACUGCUCGGCGGCCACGCGCUGGCUCGGGCGCUAUUACUGCUUCCAGCGCGUCCACUUCCUGCGCUUCCAGCCGGCCACGGGCCAGGUGCCGCCCGGCUACCCCCGCGAUGCCCGCGACUACUUCCUGCGCUGCCCCGGGAGAGGGCAUGGGCACGAGGUGCACAGAAACGCCAGCACCAUGGGCAUCUGGGACCGAUGCAGCGGCCUCGCCUUCCAGGCCUUCACCGCGGACGACGCCAACCGCACCUACGCCUUCCGGGGGGGGCAGUACUUCCGCCUGGACUCCAAGCGGGACGGUUGGCACUCGUGGCCGCUGAACCACACCUGGCAGGAGCUGAGCGGGCAGGUGGACAGCGCCUUCAGCUGGGACAACAAACUCUACCUGAUCCAGGGCUCCCAGGUCUACAUCUACCGGGUGGGUCCGGGCUACACGCUGGUGCAGGGCUACCCCCGGGGCCUGCAGGAGGAGCUGGGCAUCGCGGGCGCUGACGCCACCUUCACCUGCCCCCACUCUGCUGAGCUCUUCGUCAUCAAAGGAAACUCCCUGGAGCGGGUGGAUCUGAACCAGAGCCCAAGAAGCCCGAGGCUAGAGGGGCCCAUUCACCACGAGCACGUGGACAGUGCCAUGUGCAACGCGGACGGAGUGCACCUCUUCCAUGGAAACACCGUGCACCACUACGCCAGUGUGGCCAAGCUCAUAGCGAGCCCCAAGCCCUCCCCCCCGCAGAACGUGACUGCCGUCCUCUUCGGGUGCCCCCACUGA